CGCUGAGGAAAUGGAGGAUGAGAAUUCAGGAAACCAGCCUCCAGCACAAAGUGGGCCCCCAAAUCCAAAGAAGAAUCCAAAGAGAAGGCAGCUGCAGCAUUCUGCUGAUAUAGUUUUCUCCAAAGGAUCUUCUAUCCAUACUGUGCCCUCGCUCAACAAAAUCUUGAAGGGUAUCACAGACUGUGUGAUUGGCCUUCAGUAUGUGUGGGAGUACCGCAGCCCCAGUAAAUCUGUCCCUCCACACUACCAGUGCAAACUGUGCGCCAUGGCCAGCUUGCAGCAUGACAUUGUUGACCAUGUGAAAGGCUGGAAACACUGCUAUAGAUACAUGAAAAAGACCCACCCUGACAAGAUUACGCAUGAGGAGGAAGAUGCCGUGAAAGACCCUGCUAUCAGAAAAUCCAUUAAAGAAGCUGCGGCUGAAUUUGAAAAGACGGAGGGGAGGGGACAAAUCAAGGUGAGCGGACAAAUCAAGGUGAUCCUCAGGGAGCCCUUUGACAUUCCUGCUUUUAAAGGACUACGCUCUGCUAUUCCUAAAGCCGGGCCUUCACCAGCUCCAGGAAUGGGACAAAUGGGGCCACCCUUUGGUCCCAGGUUCUCUGAAUCAAGAUUCCCAGGGGAGUUUCAUCCUGAUUAUCCCGUAGAUGAAUUUGGGGAGUCCGGCUUUGGAGGCUACUCCUCCAGGGAAGACUUUUCUGACUCUGGUAUGGAUCGGGGAAAUUUCAUGGAUAAUAUGGGUCGCGGUUCAGGUAGUGGAAGAGACACCUACAGAAGGAGUGGACUGCUGGAUGAACGUCCAAACAAAAUGUAUUCAGGCGAGUACCAGGGCAACCGGAUGGGUAGUAGCUUGAUGGACAGACCAAUGGACAGGCCGGGAUUAAUGGGGGCAGCUCCAGAAUCUAGCAGCCUUCCCCAUACUUUGCUCACAUACCUGGAUACUUUCAGGAUAGAGAAUGAGAGCGAUGCCCAGCUGGUGCUGAAGGUGACGCAGAAACUAACAGAUGUGCUGAUGGAGUAUCGACUCAGAAGUGUUUCAGGGGGGCCCAACAGCUUAUCAUUGAGUUCCACAAACUUCUCUUCACCCCCUAGAAUGCAAAGCAGUAGCAACCGAUUCUCAGGUGGCCUCUCAGGUCCAUCCCGAUACAAUGACGGUCCGCCCAGGUAUUACAAAUAAGAGAUGCAACAAGUCUGUCUUCUCAUCUUUCUGUACUACAUGCACAGGGGUCAUUGUCCAGAUGUUGAUUUCAUGUACUUUUGAAAAAAAUAUAUAUUUUCAUGCACUGGGUUUUCAGUCUUUUGCUGUCCUUGUUUUAAUUAUGUUUAUUUCUUCAUAAUAUGGCAAGAUUUAUAACGUGGAAGGAUUUACAUGUCUGCUGUUGUAUCCAGCAACUUUACCUGAUCAUUUUAGUUUAAGUUUCACAGCGAUUAAAAGCUAUUAAUGGACAUAAAGAUAUAUUUGUGGUUGAUUUCAUGUCCCCAUCAAAGUAUUUCCAGAUGCUGACGGAUCCUCUAGGUUAGGAAGUUGUAUUUGAGACCUUCCUUGUGCAGUAUCGGACACAAAUAACUAGCUCGAUUGGUUUCUUUUCAUCUUGAUGCAGGUUCUGAAAGUUCCAUCUUCCAUCCAACAGGGAUUUUUCCAUUGGCAGUUGUAUUUGGUGAAUAAAUAAACCAACAAAGUAUUUCAAGAUUUAUUUUAAACAGUACAAAUGAUUUAUGAACAGGAAGGUAUUAGAAAAGCGGAAUCAUGUUUCAUGCAAGAAAUGUUGCCACAAACAGAACUGGUCAAAAACUUGAAUGAAUAAAUGGAUGAAUGAAUAAA